UACGGGCUCACCAUAGCCCGUGCUACUUAGAACUUUUUGUUCCAGGUAGCGAAUCUUUAACAACAACAACAGCUACUUGUAGCCCAAUGUGGCAACAUCGGCGUGAGCCACCACGACCAGCUGACUCCCUCCACGGCUUUGUUGACAUGAUUAGUAAGGUAGUUAUGAUGCAGCACUGAAGUAGUAGAAAUAAAUCAGAUUAUCCAUUAUUCCUGUUGCCUGACAUAAAAUAAAAUAUCGUGUGAGUCAAGAUGGCAAGUGUGAGGGCUGUGAGUGCCUUAUGUCGGGAAAUGGGAGCCAUCACUCUAAAUUCAAGAAUGAUUUUGGCAACUACAGUAUUUGCUCCAAACUCACUCCAGCAGGUUAGGGGUUUCAAGAUCCGCCAUGUCAACAUGCCUGCACCUGGUGAUCGUAAAAAUUACCGCUACAAAGUACACUUCCCAGAGGAUGGACAAUAUACUAUUAAGCAUCUCAAAACUACUAAGCUAGGGGGACGUGAUCCUGAAACAGGUCGUAUCAUUGUGGGAACAUUGGGAGGUGGAGCAAAAAGAAAUUAUCGCUGGAUUGACUGGUUUAGGACCGGCCCCAAAGAUGGUACCUUUCUGGAAGAACGGGUUAUAAGUGUCUUGUAUGAUCCCAACCGUUCAGCUCGUAUUGCUCUUGUAGGAUGUGGAACUAAUUUAAGGUACAUUAUUGCCACUGAAAACAUGAAGAGUGGUGACCUUAUUAGAACUUCUAGCUACAUCCCUCGCAUUCCUGUGCGGCCAAAAGAAGGGGAUGCCUAUCCUGUGGGAGCUUUGCCAAAUUCAACCCUUGUUAACUGUGUGGAAUGCCAGGUCGGUGAUGGAGCUAGGUUAGUAAAAGCAGCAGGUACGGCAGGGAUAAUUAUGAGGAAGAUAAGCGACAAGGUUAUCGUUCAGCUGCCAACCAAGAGAGAGGUGGCUCUCGAUCCCGAGUGCAUGGUAACUGUUGGUCGGGUGUCUAACAUACUCCAUGGCCAGCAGCAUGUCGGCUCUGCACAGAGGCGACGUUGGCUUGGAAAGCGACCUGCAUCUGGUCUGUGGCAACGGAAGACUGGUUAUCAUGGCCGAAAGAUUCGUCCAUUACCUCCAGUCAAGUUUUAUGGUCCUCUGAAGCCGGAGCCAACCAUUAUGAAAUUUACACUCGACAGUGAAGGCCCAUCUAGACCAAUCAUUCCCCGCACAAAUCGUGUAACAUAAUUAGGACAGACUUGUAAAGUACGGUAAGAUACUUCAUUUUGGUGUGAAUAUUAUCAAGGUACAGUCAUAUUUUGGGAUUACAAUGCAGAGGGGGUUGGAAAGAAUUGGCUAACAAAUUCUUAUUUGUACUGUAUAGUGAACAGCAAUAGUUUCCACUACACAAAGAUGUUUUGAUAGCAUGGCCUGACAAUAUAAAAUACAGUACUGUAUGGGUAUUUUAUUUAAUAUAUUUUAUUUGUCUUUACUAUUCUCGGCAUUUCUAAAUACAGUGAGUAUCUGCUAUGAAAGGCAAAUGUAAUUUUUAUUUUGAAAUUAUUUGAAUAUUUACUUUUUCUUUUUUCAUACUUAGUGUCUUCAAGCAUAUUUAAAAUGCAAUUUAACCAAAUGUAUUAAAGUUUUGCUUAAAAUAUUUUAAGAGAAGCUGAUUAAUCCUUGAAAAUCUACGUAAAAGGCACACGUACAAUAAUGUUUACAAGACCACACACUGUAAAACUGCCACACCUUGUCCAUGUUCUCAGCAAAUGUUGCUACCCAUUUGCAUACUGGCAAGUUGUGUGUGCCAUCCACGUAGCCAGAGAUGGAAAGAUGCCUGACACACUUGGUUUGCCACUAUAGUUGUGUACCAAAGUACAGUAUCACUAAGUCAAUAACCAAGCAAUAACAAUCUGCCACAAAACGACACACUAUGCUUUUGCAUAAACCGUUCUAAAUAAGGGUAUAGUACUGUACUUAUAAAUCCUCAUUCAUAUUAAAAAAUUAACCAAACAAUAGCACCUUUCUCAAAUGACCUGAUUGAAAUUGUUCCUUGUCCUCAUUUUCUGAGGAUUUUGUAACAAAAUAACUAACGGUUUACAAGUGGGCAAAUUUAUAACGUCAGAAUAUGAAAGAUAAUACUUUAAAAAUAAUGUAAAAUAAAAUUUUUACAUAAAUUGUAACUUGCUGUAUUAAGGCACUUCCUCCAAAAAAAGUUGUGUAAAUAGCCAUAAUUAAACUUAAACCAUAAA